AAAAGAAAGGUUGCACCCUUAUUCCUUAACUGUCUACAUGCCGGGCGCGCGGACACAGAGAGAUAUGUUAAGUGUCUCACAGUUUAGUAAGAGCUCUCCUUCCCCUCUGACUCGCAUUGACCACAACACCCACAGAUGGGCAACUGCAGCAAUGGCUACACCUCUUCCUCCACCGCCCGGUCUGACGGUCCGGCCCAUAACGGCGUCAAGAUCCUCCCGCCGACGCCCAAACCCUCCGACUCUGAGACCCUGUCAUCUGAAAGUCAAAGUCAAAGUCAAAGUCAAGCUCAGGCUCCCCAGGGCCGUGUCUUGGGCCGACCAAUCGAAGACGUCCGGUCCACCUACACCUUCGGCCGUGAGCUCGGCCACGGCCAGUUUGGCGUCACCUAUCUCGCCACCCACAAGCGGACCGGCGAGAAGUUAGCCUGCAAGUCUAUCGCCACCCGCAAGCUCGUCAAACGCGACGAUAUCGAGGACGUCCGCCGUGAGGUCCAGAUCAUGCACCACCUAACCGGCCACCGCAACAUCGUAGAGCUCAGGGGCGCCUACGAGGACCGCCAUUCCGUCAAUCUCGUCAUGGAGCUCUGCGCCGGCGGCGAGCUCUUCGAUCGGAUUAUCGCCAAGGGCCAUUACUCCGAGCGCGCCGCCGCGGUUCUCUGCCGCCAGAUCAUGACGGUUUUGCACAACUGCCAUUCCAUGGGGGUGAUGCAUAGGGACCUGAAGCCGGAGAACUUCUUGUUCUUGAACAAAGAUGAAGAUUCUCCACUCAAGGCCACUGAUUUCGGUCUCUCAGUGUUUUUCAGGCCAGGAGAAGUAUUUAGAGAUCUCGUCGGAAGUUCUUAUUAUGUCGCUCCUGAGGUGUUGCGCCGAACUUAUGGAGCUGAAGCUGAUAUUUGGAGUGCUGGGGUGAUUCUAUACAUUCUACUGAGCGGGGUCCCACCUUUCUGGGGAGAAAACGAACAAGCUAUCUUCGAUGCUGUUCUUCGAGGACAUAUUGAUUUCUCAUCUGAUCCUUGGCCUUCCAUAUCCAGUAGUGCCAAAGAUCUUGUGAAGAAGAUGCUACGGGAAGAUCCUAAAGAACGGCUGUCAGCAGUUGAAGUCCUUAAUCAUCCGUGGAUGAGAGAAGAUGAUGCAUCUGAUAAGCCUCUUGAUAUUGCUGUUUUAAGUAGAAUGAAACAAUUCAGGGCAAUGAACAAGCUCAAAAAAGUUGCUCUAAAGGUAAUUGCAGAAAAUCUUUCUGAAGAAGAAAUCAUUGGCUUGAAGGAAAUGUUCAAAUCCAUGGAUACAGAUAGCAGUGGAACGAUAACUUUUGAAGAGUUGAAAGCUGGGCUUCCUAAACUGGGUACCAAGCUAUCUGAGUCUGAAGUGAAGCAGUUGAUGGAAGCGGCUGAUGUUGAUGGAAAUGGGACUAUUGAUUACAUUGAGUUUAUAACAGCUACCAUGCACAUGAAUAGAAUGGAAAGAGAGGACCACUUAUACAAAGCUUUUGAAUAUUUUGACAAGGACAAGAGCGGGUACAUUACGAUGGAGGAGUUGGAGCAUGCCUUUAAGAAGUAUAAUAUGGGAGAUGAAAAAACAAUUAAAGAGAUCAUUGCAGAAGUUGACACAGACAACGAUGGAAGGAUUAAUUAUGAUGAGUUUGUUACCAUGAUGAGGAAAGGCAAUCCAGAUUUGAUCACAAACCGACGGCGCAAAUGAGCUACCUCAGAUUACAAGACAGUCCUUGCCGUCUGAACAUGGUUGUGGAUUGUCUGUCGGCUCUUUACCGGAAGAAAUGGGCAAAGAUUGCCUUCACUCUGGGAAUGAUUUCGCUGUUCAAUUUAGGUGGUUUGCUCGACUGGCUAGAUGCCGGAAUGUGUCAGCAAAUUACAUGAAUUCCAGAACUCGUGUGCCCAUGAGGAAAAGGAAAAGAUGGAAAUAAAGGAAUGCCAAUGCCGUUUCCAUUCUUGUUUCUGUAUUCUUGACCAUGUUUUAUGUAAAAUCUGAAUUGUUUGUUGAUGUCAAGUGAUCCACCAAUCUGGAACGAAUAUAAACUCAUAAAGUGGUUAUUUGUUUUGGCAUCGUGAUUUCCUGGGGAGUGCGAUUCCUGGACCUUGUUUUGUGCAUUUAUAUAAGCGCAUAUCCUUCAGUUCUCA